AUGGGCGACUCGAGCUACGACUACCUCUUCAAGGUCGUCCUCAUCGGAGACUCGGGCACCGCGCUGACCCUGCUCCGUCUCUCGCGCAGUAACCUUCUCUCGCGGUUCACCCGCAACGAGUUCAACUUGGAGAGCAAGUCGACUAUCGGCGUCGAGUUUGCGACGCGGUCUAUCCAGGUCGAGGGGAAGACGAUCAAGGCGCAGAUUUGGGACACGGCUGGCCAGGAGCGAUACCGCGCAAUCACCUCUGCCUACUACCGCGGCGCAGUCGGCGCCCUCCUCGUCUACGACAUCGCCAAGCACGCGACGUACGUCAACGUCUUGCGCUGGCUCAAGGAGCUGCGCGACCACGCCGACUCGAACAUCGUCAUCAUGCUCGUCGGGAACAAGAGCGAUUUGAGGCACCUCAGGGCGGUCCCGACGGAUGAGGCCAAGCUGUUUGCGCAGGAGAACGGGUUGAGCUUCAUCGAGACUUCCGCACUCGACGCAUCCAACGUCGAAUCCGCAUUCCAAACCAUCCUCACCGAGAUCUACAAGAUCGUCUCGCAGAAGCAGCUCGAAGCAGACCCCAUCUCGUCGCAACGUCCCGGCGCAGGCUCGACGAUCGAGAUUGCCCCCAGCGCGAACGACGGCGGCCAGAACCCGAGCGGCAAGUGCUGCUGA